UAUCUCAGUCUUGCUUUUGACAGACAUCGCGAUAGAUUUUGUCAUUUCCGUUUCUCCGAAACAGUUGUAUUGAGCAAACUGAGGAAAAUGGGGCAUAAUUAAUCCUUUUUUUAAUAUAAACCUUCCUAUAAUUCUUUGAGGAUUUAUUGUUUAAAUGCAUAAACGUCAAACGUGAUUUUAUGAUUUCGAAUUCCUUUGCGGAGUUGGGUCGAGGAUUAAGUUAAAUAUUCUGGUGUACUAUUAAACAAAGUAAAGCCAAAGCCAUUCAUAAAACAACGAAGGAAUUCAUUACCAGUGUAAAUAAUAAUGUAAUAAACAGCAUGAAAGAGAAAAGGUGUAUGGUAAAAGUGUAUAAAGUUAAAAAGCUCUGCACCUCACGCGAAGAGUGCAGUGUCCCCGCAACUGUGCCUGUGGAAUGAUCACUUAGAAACCAGGAACCAUAGUUUCUAGGUCAGAGCAGUGAAGGAGUGCUUUCGUUAUACAAAUAAGAGUGAGACGUUUCUCAUCCUUAAUUACAUCGGCCUAGCAACUAUCAUUUAUUAUUCUAGUGGGAGAGAUUUUAGUUAAAUAUUGCCAACCGAGAAAAACAUAUCAAAGAAAACGAUGGGUGCGACGACCGAGGCUUAUGAUAAUCCAGGAUUUGUGAAGGAAGUCGAGACAUCGCUGCCGAUCGAAGCCAGCGGGAAAAGAGGGGAGAGGCUGACUUACUCCUGGGAAAAUCUGAACGUCUACGCUCCCGUGCUACAGGGGUGCUGCAAGAGGACUAAAGUCUCCGAAAAACACAUUUUAAGAAAUGUGACAGGUGUGUGCCGCCCAGGGGAACUCCUGGCAAUCAUGGGGGCGUCAGGUGCCGGCAAAACGACGCUCCUAAACUGCCUCACCUUCAGGAGCGACCAGGCCCUCAAGAUCAAAGGUAAACUCUACGUCAACGGGCGCCAGGUGACCCCGAAUCUCCUGACGAGCCGCUCCGCCUACGUCCAGCAGGAGGACCUCUUCGUCGGUACCCUGACCGUUAAGGAACAACUCACCUUCCAGGCCAACCUUCGAAUGGACAGUGACAUAUCUAGCAGAGAUCGCAUGGCGAGAGUGGAAGAAGUCAUGAUAGAACUUAAUUUAGCGAAAUGCGCGAACACCUUGAUCGGAUACCCGGGCAGACUCAAGGGUAUUUCUGGAGGAGAGACGAAGAGACUGGCAUUUGCCUGUGAGGUUCUGACCGAUCCUCCUCUCAUGUUCUGCGACGAACCGACGACAGGUCUGGACUCCUUCAUGGCUCAGAAUAUCGUGGAAGUGAUGAGGACUUUGGCCCAAAAGGGCAAAACCAUCAUCAGCACGAUCCACCAACCAAGUUCCGAGGUAUUCGCCCUGUUUGACCGGGUCUUAUUGAUGGCCGAGGGGAGAACUGCCUAUUUGGGUUCGACAGAGACCGCCCUCCAGUUCUUUGCCGGAAUGGGCAAGGCCUGUCCAGACAGCUACAACCCAGCCGACUUCUUCGUCGGGAACUUAGCCAUCGAGCCGGGGAGAGAAGAAGAGUGCAAACACUUCGUGGAGAACGUCUGCGACGCCUUCGAGAAGAGCUCCUCGGGCCAGGAUGUUCUCCAAGCAGCUAAGGACAAUUCUCAAAAUGGAAAUGGAGGGAAUCACGGCUUGGACGCCCAUGUGCAGGUUGCCAAGUCUCCUUACAAAGUGGGUUGGUGGUCCCAGUUCAAGCCUGUCCUGAACCGAGCAGUUAUGGAAAACAUAAGAGAAAUCAUGGUGCUACGUGUCAAGAUCUUCCAGGCAAUUCUGAUCGGCCUCCUCGUUGGGCUCAUCUACCUCGACCAAAACCCGGACCAGAACGGCGUCCAGAACAUCAAUGGGGCGCUGUUUAUCAUGGUCACUCAGACCAGCUUCGGCGGCGUCUUCGGAGUCGUUAAUACAUUCUGCGCCCAGCUGCCGAUCUUCCUGCGGGAACACUUCAACGGGAUGUACCGGACAGACGUCUACUUCCUGGCGAAGAACGUCGCCGAGAUCCCGCUGAGCAUCGUCACUCCCAUCGUACUCAUCAGCAUCCCGUACUACAUGGUGGGGAUGAACCCGCUGGCCGAGAGGUUCUUCGUCGCUAUGGGGGUCUUGGUGAUCGUCAGCAACGCCGUCACGUCCUUCGGUCUCAUGGUCUCCUGUCUGGCUCCGAACAUCAACGUAGCCCUUGGAAUGUCGGCUCCGCUGAUCGUCCCCCUCAUGAUCUUCGGCGGAUUCUUCUUGAAUUCCGACACCGUCCCUGUCUACUUCAUCUGGAUCAAAUACAUCUCGUGGUUCAACUACGCGAACGAAGCCUUGAUCGUCAACCAGUGGGAUGGGUUCGGCAACAUCACGUGUCCUGCGGAAUCGGCCUCUUGUUUGGCGGAUGGGGCAGCCGUUAUCGAUUCACUUGGAUACGAAGGGAGCAGCAUCGACUUCGACGUAGGCCUCCUUUUUGCGCUGAUAGUCGGCUUCAGAGUCCUGGCUUUCCUCUUUCUGCUCAUGAAGACUUCGAGGAAAUCCGUCAAGAAUUACGAAUAAAUCGGAGAGGAUAAUAUGAGGGAAUUCUAUCAAAAAAUUGCGAAUUAAUAAGAAAAAUAAUAGAGUAGCACGUGCUGGAACUCUUGCACUACUUAAAACAAACAUCAGGAGAAACCAUUUUUUUUAUGAAUAAGAGAUUACUCGACAAAAUGUGGAAGAGAUCAGGCAAGAAUCGGGAAUAAAUGUGGAACGAUAAACGACUAAAAAAAUUCUUCAAGAAUUAUAAAUCGAUAACAGAAAAUCAACAAGACUUCGAAAUCCACCAAGAAACGUGGAUUUAUUAAAAAUAAUCAACAUGGCUUUGGAAAAAUCCAUAGGUACUUAAGACAAUGAGAAAACAACAAACCAAAUAAACAAAUCCUUCAAUAUCCAGAAAACCUGUCAGUUUUGACCAAAUAAAUAAAAUAAUAUGAUUACCAAUGGAAUUCUUACCGACAGGUAGCCGAGUCUUUAAUUUUACCUAUUACAUGAAAAAUUAUUUUCAAAAUAUUUUCCGGAUUUUGCUCCUAAUUAGUGACGAUUUGAAACGCGGACGCCACCGUGGCCGACAGACCGAGAGUUCUCUGUGUGGUUACGAUACCACCCAAACAUCAACUAAGCUCAGCACUCAAUUAUCAGUAAGCUAUUCCCAAAUUUAUUGCAACAGAGUAAUGUAUAUGCUUCAUAUUUACAAAACGGGCGACCAAUAGAACGAGACGAAAUAAAAGAAUGUAGGGUUGUGGUGGACGGUACCGAUACUCUUGCCUGAAUGCAAAUUUGGAUUGCAUUAAAUUGUCAAGAAAUUCCAUGACGUUAAGUGCUUUUUCGAUAGAUAGAAAGAGGGUUCAUCUUAAUUAUCUAAGUAACUUAUUGAACUCUUGCUCUAAGUCAUAGAAACUCAAACAUUAAGUUGCUUUCAAAUCACAGAGGGUCGAUAAUAACUGUAGAUUUUGUCUAUAGAGAAGUUCUAUGUAGUUUAGUGUGUUGCCACCAGGACGGCGCUUUUUGCAGUCUUGCAGUUACAGUGGGGUAGACUGUUAAGUGCGUCUUGGCGUUUGUAUUUUUUCGCUCAUUAUCUUAAUAGUGGAACGUUUUGCGGCUUAUAAUUACAAGUGGGUACAGGAGUUCUUCAGGGAGAAAUGGGAUAACAUUUUUCAGGUGGCAGCUUUCGACACUUGACAGAAACACACUCACCAACACUUCGACUCCGACUCUCACUCCAACCUCUUCAAAAUGGUGGUCACAUCCCGUAUGCUCGCUGCCCACACCAACGGCUACCCAAUUGACGCCAAGGCGAGGUUCUGGUCCAACUACUACAGGUCACUGAAAGGCCUCCCUCCCGUCGAAUACUACUGGGACUACAGAUAUCAGCAAAGAAGAACAUCGCCCCCGCGUUUCCGAGAUGUUACCUUUCCGUGGUGGCACCUCAUCCCCGAGCUCAGGCCCGAUGACCUACCCAAAGACUACAUACCCGCUCGUUCUAAACACGAUCUCACCCUCCGUCCGUCCUUCUUGUCACCUGUGAAGAAGAAGUACAUCUGGACCACACACCCACAGCGGAAGAACUAUUACCUCUAGUAAGCAUGAAGAGAACGAGGUGAUGGACUCUGUACGCUGUGGUGCAAAGGAAGUGAUUUAUUUUUCUCUAUAGAGUAUAUUGGAGAUAUAUUAUUGUUAUUAUAAUCAUAUUAGCAUAGAUUAAAGAGCUCCUGUGUUUUAUAUAUUAUAUACAUGCUGAAAUACUAAGGCUUCAUCAUGGCAUAUACGAUUGUUUAAUGGGGUUUCUAGUUUGGUUCCUCGUAAAUUGUACAAAAUACAUAAAAGUGACGUGUUAUACUACACGCUCGCCUUGUGUAUGUAAAUGCAUAAGUACAGGCACAUAAAUAGUCCUAUUUACUUCAAAAGAAAAUCUGUAUGCCUGCAUGUCCAUUAUUCCCAGCGCAGAAACAUUCUUCAGAUGUCUGGAAUGUUUUUGACACCUGUCAGUAAUGCCAACAGUAUAGUAUGUCCAGUAGGCCUAGUGCCAGAUGAAUCAAGGAACCGUCAAAGUGUGAACAAAGAACAGAAGCCUGAUGAAAAUGGGUAUAUCUCGAGUGAAAAAAAAGUUUUUUGAUCAUCACGUAUAUCUUAUAUUAUAUCUAAGACUACACUAACGUGUGUUGAGGUUGUUCCGAUAAUUUUCCCGUUUAUUUUCGAACCUUUCAUUUCUGUGAUAUUUUCUUGUGUUCUCCUUUUAACUUCUCAGUAAUACGUUUAGUUUGGUCAUUUUUUCCCCUCCGGUUUCUUUAACUCUUAUUUAGAGGAUUAACUGUUCUCAGUUAACCAUCUACAAAUUCAAGGGAAACCUAGGCCUAUUCGAGGCAGAUGAGCUGACAAAUCCUCCGCCAAAAGUCAUUUAUUGUUCUGUUUUCUACUCCUAAGCUUGAGUUUCUCCCUUUUAUUUCUCCAUUUUGUCAACGAAGAUCAACUUUAUACAAAGGAUAUCUAUUCCUGUAGCCUCUGUUUAUGGCGAUCAUUCGACUUUAUAUUGGAAGAAAAUAUAGAUCUAUGAACUA